AUGAAGGUCCUUAUGGAGAGUAAUAACAUACUAGAUGGAAAAGACCGUCCAGGCUAUGCCAUAGCAAAGGACUGGUACAUCAAGUAUAAGAGUGGGGAAACAAACCUUCCUAAGUUGAUCAACCGUCCAAUUAGAUCAAAAAUCACCGAACUAACCGCGCAGUCCGAUUAUCAAGUGAUCUCCUGUAGCGAAUGGGAGAAGAUAAGACAAACGUAUAAUUUUGAUAUUGAAGUCCCAGUAGGAGUUGUAAAUAUAAGCAUGCGUCUGCAAAACAAAGACACUUCACCUAUAGAUAAGCAUUUUCAAGCCGCCGCCAGUCAAGAGAUCUUUGAAGUUAUCCAAGUAGUUCUAUUUAGCCAUAAAAUGACCAAAUCACAAUUUAACCAGCAAUACGACUACCAGAUAACCAAUGGAGUAGAUCUAUCUGCCCAAUUGAUUAAAUGUAAUAGUGAUGAAGUUAAUAUUGAGAUAAGUUUGCGCGAUAGUUUAAGUAAUGAUUUAGGUUUAAACGAUAGUUUAUCUGGUCUUAAAAAGAGAGAUAAGAUAGGAGAGGUAAAUACUCAUAAUAAUCUCAGUCGAAAUAACAAUUUAUCCUAUCAAGAUAACAAAAAUUCAAAAGAUUUAAAAAAAGAUAGUGGGACUAAGCCUGUUGAGUUUAGAAAUGUUGGUUUAAGUUGUUAUAUGAAUACGGCUCUUCAAGUUUUACUAGGCGUCUCUGAACUAUCCCAGAAAAUCCUCGGGAUUAGAAGUGAAACCAUUCGGGAACUGAGUCAGCGUAAGAAUACUAAGAAGGGGUACAGUAAGGAGAAGAGUGCCCAAUUACUGCUGGCUUAUCGUGGCUUAGCUAAAAGUGCGGCUAAAGGUGAAGAUUGUAGUGGGCGCCUGCGGGAAAUGAAACGCGCUUUAGGAAAUAUUGAUCCUAGAUACGGCCGGUGUACGGAAGAAGAUGCCGGGGAAGUCUUUUCUUUGAUUUUGACCAAUUUUAGCUAUCUUUUUGAAAGAACGGCUUAUGAAAAGCUUGUUUCUAAUCUAUUUAUGUACAAUGCUGAUCUAGUCCGAGUAUAUAAGACUGAGUCUGGCCAGGAAGUACAUCGGGAGAGGAAGAAUCUUUAUAAGUCUUUUGUGCUUAAUGGCUCUUUUGGUUCGGAAAAGGGGCCACAUGCUCAUGUCUUAGUAGUUCAUCAGUGCCAGCUACUGAUUACUUCUUUAUGUGUGUAUCAGGAGAGUUCUGGGGAGUUAUUGGUGGGGGCAGUGAAGGAGAAGAUUAGUCGGGACUUUCAAGUACCGGUUGAACAGGUUUUAGUAGGGGAAAUGGCUGGUGAAGGUCGGAUGGUACUUAAAAGAGAAGAUUCUUAUCGGUUUAUGCCGAAAAAAGCCUUAUUUGGCCAACCUAUUUUUUAUAUUGCCGAACAAAUUAUGACGUCAGAGAUUGAGUUUGUUUUUUUAAAAUAUUUACCGCAAAAGGAAAAUCAAAACUUUUUUACUUCCCUUUUUGGUAAUAAUGAUAAAAACAUUAUUGAAAUGCCAUUUAUCAUGAAAAAAGAAAGAGAUAUUGCUGAGUUUUUCAAAAGUAACUUGAAAAUCAUUAGAAAACCUGAAGAAUCAGAUACUUUAUUGGAGAUAAAAGAUACAGUAGCUGAAAGUCCAAUGUACUUCUCUUCCAUGGUCGUGGUUAUCUCGCACAAGCACUGGCAGGCAACGGAGUACAUAGAAAGUCUUAAGGAACGGAAGAACAAGGCCAAAGAGACUUUGCAUGUACAAUGUGUGCUAACUAAUUGGGAGAACAAUCAUGUACGGCAAGUAGAUAGGAAGAAGGAUAGGAAUGAGAAGAAGGAGCCAAUUGCCGGGGCAGCUAGUGUACUGGAGUUUACUAGUUUCUGUUGUUUUGCUAAGUACUUCUGUGUACAGCUGCCUUUAGGUCUUGGGUCUUACUAUACGGGUGAAAGACUCUUUGAGAAGCAUAAGUUGCAGGUGGAGAAAGACGGCUUGAUCUUAGAUGGGAAGGCUUACUCUUUAGUUGGUAUUUUAGUUCAUCAUAAUUUUGGCAUUGGUGGUCAUUACGUGGCCUUUACUAAAAGAGGUGAUGUAUGGUACCACUGCAAUGACAGUACAAUUACUAAGUCGUCGGUGCAAGAGGCUGUUUCAACGGGGUAUCCGUACGGUAUUCUCUAUCGGGUGCAAGAGUAG